AGAUUAUUAUUAUUUUAUAAAGCAAGUAAAGAGACUGUAGCUUAAUAUGGAAGAAUAUGAAGAUGACGGAUCAGACAGAUGUGCGGUAGCACCCUUAGUCCCCUAUCGGCUGGUAGCUGGUUGGACCCCUAGUAGAGUUCCAAGUAAUUCCAAGUGCAUCCAGAGUUAUUCCAAAGUUCUCCAGCUUGAUAACCAGCAUCUCGAUGGAUAGGCCGAGAGCCACGUGAGUGGGCGGCGCGGAGUCUGGUCCUUGGUUCCCUUUGGGCCUUCGAGCUUCUUCCAAGGGCUGGAGGGGAUCACGGUCUUAGGAUUCGUCUUUUUGAUUUAUUCUAACGGCGCUCAACUGGCUUAUCUCAACUCAGUAUACUCGCAUCUCUGAGCCAGUGAUCAUCGUGACAAUUUUUGAUGACCUCAUCUCGGAAGAAUAUCAGUGAUGGAAAGUGAAGAAGACUUUGACCGGAGCUUUGAAUUAAUUCCCAACACUCCGACAGCGCUCGACGGAUUUUCCUGGAGCAUGUCUUCGCCGAUGUCCACCUCCAGCCCGGCUGGCAACGACUGGGACCACAUUACCUCCAAUAAUAUUAAUAUCUUUGAAUACCCGCCCAGCAGUCGCACAACUGCACUGACCAUUGGAAUAAACUCACCUGGCAGCACUGGCAGCGAAGUAAACACCCCGACAUCUUGGACCGGAGAACAACACUUCCCAGGAAGUGAGUACAGUGAACUUUCCAAUGAUGGAAACGCCUGGGGGAAUAGAUUGCCCUCUGUUAGCUCCGCGUUUUCAUUUUCACGUAAUUUUUCAAAUGGCAAUCAUUUUUAUGAUGAAGAUCACUAUCAGGACUUUAAAGGACAUCAGGGAUUUCAGGAUACUUAUGAAGAAAUGCCACCUCAAAUUCCUCUGGAGCCGGGAUACUUUGAGGAGCAGGAGUUUAAUAGUCUUCAGGCUGUUGAUGAGUUUGACCUCAGUUUUAUUCGUGGAGAUCCGACUAGACUGGUACCUGAGACUUCUAAUAAUGUGUUAUCUUCUUUUAGAAAUGUUAGUAAUAAUAAUAAUCAGAUUAAUGAUAAUAAUAAUUCGGGUGGCAACUCUAUCGGGCAUUGUCCCAUUGGACACUUGAUUGAAAAUGAAACUACUAAUAAUAAUCUGAUAAGCUUCAAAUCUCAGGAAGAUUCUAAUCAUAUUAUUAUGACACAGAAUGAAGGAUUGAUUAUUGAUAAAAGAAAUAAUCAGAAUAAUGGCAAAAGGCUCCAAUGUCUUUGGAUCAACUGUGGCUAUGUUUUUAACAAUCUUGACGGUCUUGUCAAGCAUAUCGAGAAGCUACACGUCGAAUCCUCUGCUAAUAAUGGCCACGGAGGACGAAGAUCGCAGAAAGAUAAGGACAAGGAAAUUGGUAACUCCAAUGACCAAUUUGCGUGUAUGUGGCAAGGAUGUCCCAGAGUGGGACCAUUUAAUGCCAGGUACAAGCUUCUUAUCCACAUGAGGGUCCACAGUGGUGAAAAACCAAACAAGUGUCCUUUUGAAGGAUGCAAAAAAGCGUUCUCGCGGCUGGAAAACUUGAAAAUACACCAGAGAUCUCACACCGGCGAGCGGCCGUACUCUUGCCAGCAUGUCGGAUGCACCAAAGCGUUCAGCAACAGCAGCGACAGAGCUAAACACCAGCGGACUCAUAUCGACACGAAACCGUACGCCUGUCAAGUAACUGGAUGCGGAAAAAGAUACACCGAUCCAUCGAGCCUCCGUAAGCACGUGAAAAAUCACUCCGAGACACCUGCAGCAGUAUCAACUCCCCAAUCGUUUACAAAUUCACCCCCAAAUCCACCCGCGGCUAAAAUCGAAUGUCAAAAGACGGAAAUUGACAACACUUGGGGCCUCGAUGGCUUCGAAGACGAGCCGGAAUUCGUGCCAUUUGAAACAGUCGGAAGACUACUCGGCGAGGAAGAAAAUUGCAUCACUCUGGACAGCUUAGCUUACGAUAACGGAAUUGAGUGCCAAGAUUUGGAUCCUGAGAUCGAGAAACAAUUCUUAGAUCUCAGUAGCUUUACAACAGACUUUAUAGAUCAAUAAUUAAUUAUUUCUUCCUUAAUAAUCUAUAUUAUUAACAUUGAAUAUUGUAAUU